AUGGAUAAAAGACAAAAAUAUGAUUUAUUAAAGCACCAAAGAACAGUACACGAAGGUCGAAAAGAUUUUGCAUGUGAAAGAUGUGAGAAGAUAUUUGGACUGAAAUCAAGUUUACUUUCGCACCAAAAAAUAGUACACGAAGGUCGCAAGGAUUAUACCUGUGACAACUGUCAGAAGAAAUUUGGAGAAAGACGGAAUUUGCUCGUACACAUAAAGUCAGUACAUGAAGGUCGGAAAGAUUUCGAAUGCGACAAAUGCAAGAAAAAAUUUAACAGUAAACAAUAUCUGCGUCUUCAUCAGAAGACGGUACACGAAGGUCACAAAGAUUACGAAUGCGGCAGAUGUGAGCGAAAAUUUGGAUUAAAGCCAGAUCUGUUUCGCCACCAAAAGACUGUUCACGAAGGUCGCAAAGAUCACCCAUGUGACAAGUGCGAAAAGAAAUUUGGAGUAAAAUCGAGUUUGCUUUUGCACCAAAGGGUGGUCCACGAAGGGCGGAAAGAUUUUGCAUGCGACAAGUGCAAGAAGAAAUAUACACAAAAACAGAGUUUGGUCUACCACCAAAGGGUAGUACAUGAAGGCCGCAAAGGUUUCGUGUGCGACAAGUACCGGGAGAAGUUUAAAAGAAAAUCGUAUUUGCUUGUCCAUCAAAAGACAGUACAAGAGGGUCGAAAAGAUUACGCGUGUGACAAGUGCGAAAAGAAAUUUACGGAAAAAGGGAAUUUGCUCGUACACACAAAGACAGUACACGAAGGUCGAAAAGAUUUCGGAUGUAACAAAUGUGAGAAAAAAUUUGGACUUAAAUAUAAUUUGUUAAACCAUGAAAGAACUGUCCACGAAAAUCGCAAGGAUUUUGCAUGUGACAGGUGCGACAAGAAAUUUGGACAAAAAGUGAAUUUGCUCAGACACCAAAUGACCUGUAACAAAUAAAGUAAUAAUGAUUGACAAAUAGUAAAUAUGUGUAUAGAUACUCAUAAAUGUUUUACGAAAAUUUGGAUAAAAAUCGUGCAUUUAUCAU